UACAGCAUUGUGUCAACAGAUGAGGAAGGUCUCCACAUGCCAUCGAUGGGUCUUAAUGGUCACUGGGCCUCUUCACUCCAUAACCCUCAUUCACGACGGAAACGGCGUAAUCGUUUUGUUAAAAAGAAUGGUCAAUGUAACGUGUACUUUGCAAAUCUCAGCAACAAAUCACAACGCUACAUGGCUGACAUAUUCACCACUUGUGUGGACACCCGUUGGCGCUACAUGCUGCUCAUCUUUUCUGCCGCAUUCCUAGCUUCCUGGCUUUUCUUUGCUUUCCUCUUCUGGUGCAUUGCUUUCAUCCAUGGGGAUUUAGGUGUUGCAACUCCUGCAGGAAAAUCAGGUCCACCAAAACCAUGCCUAAUGCAUGUAAACAGCUUUGUGGAAGCUUUUCUAUUCUCAGUGGAGACACAAACCACAAUAGGAUAUGGAUUCCGUUGUGUUACUGAUGAAUGCCCUUUAGCCAUACUAUCUGUAGUGGCACAAUCAAUCCUUGGUUGCCUCAUUGACUCUUUUAUGAUUGGAACAAUAAUGGCCAAAAUGGCUAGACCCAAAAAACGGGCUCAAACUCUGCUUUUUAGUCAUCAUGCUGUAAUUGCCCAAAGAGAUGGUAAACUCUGCUUAAUGUGGAGAGUUGGUAAUCUACGCAAAAGUCACAUUGUAGAAGCCCAUGUAAGAGCACAACUAAUCCGACCAUACGUUACUCAAGAGGGUGAGUACCUCCCUGUAAAUCAGCAGGACCUAAAUGUAGGGUAUGAUAGUGGACUGGAUCGUAUAUUUCUAGUGUCUCCCAUAAUUAUAGUCCAUGAGAUUGAUGAGGAAAGCCCGCUGUAUUCAAUGGGGAAAGAACAGCUGGAAGGCGAAGACUUUGAAAUUGUCGUAAUUUUGGAAGGUAUGGUUGAGGCCACAGCGAUGACGACGCAAGCUCGCAGCUCAUAUCUGGCAAGUGAGAUUCGUUGGGGACAUAGAUUUGAGCCUGUUGUAUUUGAGGAGAAGAGUCAUUAUAAAGUUGACUAUUCUCACUUUCAUAAAACAUACCAGGUGCCAGGAACCCCUUUGUGUAGUGCACGUGAAAUGCGUGAAAGCCGCAUAACUGCUUUACCUUCCCCAAGCGCCUUCUGCUAUGAAAAUGAACUGGCUCUCCUAAGUCAGGAGGAAGAUGAGGAUGAAGAAGCCGUUGGUGGUGUUCCUGAUGAAGGGGUCAUUCAUGUUAUGGGAAGUCAUCUAGAACUAGAUCGUCUCCAGGCUUCCAUGGCACUAGACAAUAUUUCAUACAGAAGAGAAUCAGCUAUAUAA